AAGCAUAUUUCAGACAAAAAAACCUCUACAACCCUGUUGAAACCAAUAUAGGCCUAUUUUACAUCAUCAUGCAUCGCAGUGAGCGGCGCCGGAGCCGCUCGCGCCGCCGCAGCCGCAGUCGCUCCCGACAGAAGAGUCCCCGCCGCAGCCGCUCGCGACCGCGCAGCCCCCGGCGGGACGAGCGCGCGCGGCCCCGGGAGCGCAGCCGGGACACGCAGCGCGGCCGCAGCAGCUUCCGGGAGAGCAACGGCGGGCUCGGCGGCGGCGGCGGGCUCGGCAGCGGCGGCGGACUAGGCAGCAGUGGUGGAUUCGGCGGUGGAGGUCUAGGUGGUGGCCCUGGGCGCGGGCGCUACAAGCCGCAGGAGGAGGAGUUCAUGGACGCGCGGCGCGAGGAGCGGGAGAGGAUUGGCGAGGUCGGCGUCUCCGCCGUGUGGGGCAAGUCGCCCACCAGGCCUGAUGACACUGACGAGGAAUCUCCACCGAGCAAACACGACAAGAGCAAGGACAAGAAGAAAGGAAAGAAGUCCAAGGAUAAAGACAAAGAGGACACCAAGAGAAAACUCAAGAAACUCAAGAAAAAACUGAAAAAAGCCAAGAAGAUGAGGAAAAAGGCGAAGAAGAAGAAGAGCAAGGAUUCUGCUAGUGACUCCUCCAGCAGCAGCAGCGAGGAGGAGGUGUGGGUCGAGAAGGGAAAGGAACACGAGCUAGCAACCUCCAAAGCCCCCAAGAAUCCCACAGAAGAAUCCUCCGACUUCAUCGGCCCAGCACCCGUCUCCGAGCCAUCCUUAGGGCUGAAGGACUACGGGCGCGCGCUGCUGCCGGGCGAGGGCGCCGCCAUGGCCGCCUUCGUGGCCGAGGGGAAGCGCAUCCCGCGCCGCGGGGAGAUCGGACUCACCUCGGAUGAGAUAGCGUCGUAUGAGAGUGUGGGAUACGUUAUGAGUGGAAGCAGACACCGUCGCAUGGAAGCGGUGCGUAUCCGCAAGGAGAACCAGAUCUACUCGGCGGACGAGAAGCGCGCGCUGGCCGCGUUCAGCAAGGAGGAGCGCGCCAAGCGGGAGAACGCGAUCCUGGCGCAGUUCCGCGACGUGCUGCGCAGCCAGCCCGCGCGCCGCGACGACUAGCUGGGCCGAGUUGACCCGCUGGACAACUGGGCUACUAGUGGAUGAGGAGACUGCCGACAGGGUGACAACUCCCGGGGACAACUGGUACUAACAGUGGAUGAGGAGACCGCCGGAAGGGUGACAAAUUCACUGACAGUGGAUGAGGGGGCCGCAGGUAGUGUGAAAAUUCGCACUGCCAGUAGAUGAGGAGACCACCGGCAGCGUGACCAUAGGAGCUUAAAUGGAGGGAUGAUACCUAGAGCCUUGCCACUGGGAUGACGGUCGGUACCACGCAGACAUGAGUAGCCAUAGACUACAGGUGAAUAGCCGUGAAGUGGCCUAUGCGAAAAAAUUUAACCAGUUUUGUCGUUAUUGGUGUCUUUACCAUCUGGGUUUGAUCAUUAAUCUGGCUAAAAUUUGUGUAUAAUUUGAGAAACUUAAAUGCGUCACGGCGCAAUGUAGGUUGUCACAAGUGUGAAAGUGUUACUGAAGAUGACUGUAAAGUGUGUCUAGAUAAUGAACUGAAAAUGUAUUAUACUUUAUUGUUUGCGUUACAGCAGAAAUACUGUAAAUAUACUUUGUUGAUUUAGGUGUAAUAGUAAAUAUAUAAUUUUUUUAU